AUGUGUAAACCUGAUACAAUUUAUCGUAGUAGCAAACGGAGCAAUUAUUUUGUAAGAAUGGAUCAUCACAAUAAAAAGAUGAUACUGGAACGUUUAGUAUCCAUAGCAGAGACAUGGGGAGGUUCAGAAAACAACUUCGGUCUUGCCGCAUGUUGCGAUCCAGAUCAUUUCCCAGAAACAGCUGGUAACAUAUACUUCGAAUACCGACCGGAUUCAAAAGACGGCUCUUUUAUCGGCGGCAAUCCUCCAAGUCAAUUAGAAACGGAAACCACUCCGUCGGGUGACAUCGCAGAACAUACCGAUGGGUGUGGAAACGUGGAAUGGACAGCACCUAAAAAGAUAGUACUGCGUGCACUGCAUCGUCGCAAUCAGUCUCCAUCGCAAAUAAUGGAGGAGCUACUGUCACAACACCUCUUACCUCCGUCAAAACAAAUGGCCUUGUUUGCUAGAAUACGUUUGGCUACGUAUUUUGCCAUUCCUGAACAGCGCCACAAAUGCAUCCGAGCUAGACUUCAGGCCCUGUCCAUUUUGUCAUACACCUUUGAUGUGGACGAGCGUCACCUCUAUCCGAGUCUCCUGGAUGAGCUCGUUGAAGUGCUGGAACUCCCUGAUGGACAGUACACCGGCAUCAAGGCAUGCGCCUUGCGCACGAUGACGGCAAUUGUAAAUUCACAUCGGCUAGGAAUCACCUGGACGUCUCUUGUCAGUUGUACAGGGUUGUCAAGCUAUCAUGGUAUUUUGCCCAGUUUGACCAGAAGAUGGAUUCAAGGUCUAGUCGAUGGCACCAUUGAGGCCCCUGGGGGUAGUACAAAUCAACAAUUCACCACAGCCAUAUUGUCCUUCCUUUAUCAUCUUGCCUGUUACGAGGAAAACGUCGGACCAGGCAAUACACAAAAUGCCACACUCAGUUCCAGUGGUGUGUUAGACACAAUGUUGCAGUUGAUUGCCUGGCACACUUCUCGAAACGAUUGUCUGAGUUACGUCACACGCGCCGUUCGAGUCACGGAUCAAAUACUGAUGAGUAUCGCCACCAGUCGAUUGAAUGUUGUGAAUAUUCUCGUCAAUCGGCUUAGUUUCGAGGUCGACCUGGUCUUAAAAGCUUCCAGUGAUGGGAAGAUUCGGCAAGACCUUGGUCCCGCCUUGAAUACACAGCGCUCUGGUCUAAUGAAGUCCAUCCUAAAUCUACUGAAGCGCCUUUGUUUGGAUACGGACUGGGGGGAGGUGAUGCACACUGUUAUGGAGGAUACACUUCCUGAUAUUUUGCGUCAGGUAUUCCUCAAUGGGUCCAUUCAUUUCACCCCACAUUUGGCACUGUUUGCAAUGGAAACGAUCACCAACUAUCUAUAUACAUACCCUUCGCGAAUAUCCUCAAUGCAGGAUAAAAAUGUUACUACAGACAUUUUAACGGCACUAACUAGCCAGCCGCUUCCGCAGAACCGUGACUUUCUUGUGCAACUUCCUGGCUUGUUCAACACUUUGGCCUUGAAUGCCCGUGGAAUCGAGGCAAUUCAGUCUAGUGGCGUUCUUUCGAAGUACCUUGAAACCCUGGUGUCACCGGAUUAUCUGCCGACGAUGAAAACGAAGCGUGUGCGCGAUUUUCUAUCUCAGAUAUCGUACAAUCUCUCCUCCAGUACUGGGCAAACUCUGUCCAAUAGUCUGACCGCGAGUCAAAUGAGCAAUGCAAUACAGGAAUUAUUGCGCUCACGCAGUGAACUGAAAACUCCGGUGUUUCAAGGUCUGGUUGCUUGUAUGAAACGCGUCGUGGAAAUCGGUCGGAUGCAACCUGCAAGCCUUGUUGUGGAACCUAUCCGGUGCGUUUCGGACACGCACACACUGGGUACUGAUGACAACACCAAACUUACCAAUGAACCACCGGAUUCCACUGUUUGUGAGCAUUUGGGCUCCGAUUUACCCUGCCUAACGGGAGUGGCACUUGGUCGCAGCAUCGAUACGUCCCAGGCUGCAACCUCCACCUCCGGUGGCCGAGGCAUCGGGGAACCCGAUGGUAUGCUUGAGGAGGAUGUGGUUAUGCUGUCUGGUGAUGAAGAUGAAGAUGGUGACGAUGAUCACGACAUUGACGAUGUGAGUCGUGCAACGCAAACUGCAGCGCAUCAACAUCGAUCUGUCAAUACGAGACUGAUGGAUUCACGAUCUACCUCGCCCACUGCCUCGCUGAACUUGAAGGAAGACCUUGCCCCAACCAGUCGUCCUAUCACCUCGCUGGCAGACGGCUCACCUGUUCCUGCUUAUCAUUUUCUAUCAGACUUCAUGUUAAAUACAUGUAAAUUUCUGGAGAAGCUACUUCCAUCCGUGCUGCAUGUAACGGAAGCUAUGUGUCGACACUUCAUGAGCCACGGUGGUCUUCAAGUGCUAUGUGACCUUUUACGAAUGCCAGGGCUGCCUUACGAUUUCCCGGUUUCGGCAAGCUGUGCCUCUCUCUGCAAGAUUUUCGAGGAUUUGGCGAACUCCAUAUACCUCAACGAUGUGAUCGCCCCCCUGUUUCAGUGCCUAGAGUCGUCGCUAGAAAAACUGGCACCCCUACAAAACUCUCAGUUUACACUAACAUCCCUUCUGUUGCGCGAAUACAUGGCUAACGAGCAUGUCCUGCUUCACGAGCUUGUGGUCACUGCCUCCAUAAUUUGUAUCAUGGUACAGAUUAUAGACCACUUGAAGUCUGAAUUACGCCCAUCGUUGGCUGACAAAUGGCUAGUUCGGAACGUUCUUCACUCCUUGGGGCGACUCUAUUUAGGCGUUUCUUGGGAAGCUUGUAUUCUACUCAAAAUUCUUUAUGGAGACAAAGAUAUCACGGAGGCAGAUAUAAAUCCACAAGAAAGAAUGGACACAAGUGUACAUCCGCCAGCGACGUGCACAGCCGACAGAAACCAGGCAUCAGACGAAUCAGGUUGGAAACCGGAAGACGAUACCACCGGUCAGUGGAGACCUGUCACAGAGACUAGUCCGAUGCCUCAGUUUGUUGAGGCACUUCACAUUUACUCAAUACUGAGACCGUCCAAGAUUCCUACUUCCGGUGACAACAAGAAUGCUUUUCUUCAUCAACGACCUGAGUUAGCAAAAGCCACGCAUCGCAUACUUCACGUGACCGCUUUUCUAAUCAAUUCUGUUACGGAGCUUUGUACGUCUUGGAGCCGGUUCUUUGCGAAUCGCAACCAACUCAAUUACCGUCGCCGUCGCAUGACACUACUGCCAAGCGAACAAAUUCCUACCGCGCGAAAGUAUGCCGCGUUGUCGGAGAUUUCACAGGUAAUAUCCGGGGCUCUUGCUUGGGAACCAGCUGUCACCACUACUCACCACCCCGCAGCCCCCACCCUGAUAUGCGCAAUGCGCUAUUCCUCCAUCCGCUUAACCAACGUGCUCCUGCAUGAUGCCAGCCAAAAGGGACCUCAAGGUGGUAUGAUGAAUGUGUUCUUCAUGUUGAAUGGAAUUCGUCGUUAUUUCGGACUGUUCAAAGAGUUGGUGAAAUUCGACUUAACGGAUCCCAAAGUUCGAACUUCGUUAACCGAAACACUUGAGGAAUGGCUUGUCUGUGCUGACCGGAUGAGCAGUACAGAAUACAUAAACACGGAGCUAGCUCGAUCUUCUGACAAUGAUAUAACUAUGGUUGAUCCGGAGCGCUACAUUAAGGAGGUGCAUCGUUGCAUGCUUUUCCCAUUGAAUCAGCUAUGCAUUAGGAAGGAUCUACAGAACUUAUUGACACGCCGUGCUGUUGAGCACCUUUUAAGUAUGCUGGUAACGAUUGUGCCAUACUUGUUCAAGGCGACUAGCAAACCUUCUUCCCCAGGACCUGCCUGCUCAAUACCUCAGGUGCUCUCUACAGUCAUUCAUCCGGAUACGUCAACGUCAGUUCCUCCGGUUACCACAUUAUCUACAGAAGAUGCAAUCAUGGAUGUGUCUGAAUCAGGUACUGCUGAACCGGAACUUGACGGACGAACUAGGGUAAACAUACGGCUGCUUGAGGAAAUGGGGUUCUCCCGUGAGGUAGCUGUGGUUGCUCUGGAGCAAACGGAGGGCGACGUAAACGAGGCAGUGAAUAUUUUGGUUUCAACACCAGCAGAAGAACUUCUUGCAACAACUGCUACUGUUCGAUCAAGCCGAAGUGCAACGUUACAGAGGCGUGACACCGUGGAACAACCAACUCAAGAGGGCAGUGACAGUUCUGUUACCCGAUCGGCCUCCGCAAUCGCUGCGGCAGCAAUGGAACUUGCGUCGGUCGCUUCAUCCCUACUCAGUUCCGCUGAGUCACCGUUGAAUCACUUGAACGCUACCACUGGAGAGCGCUCGCGUUCUUCAACGCAGCAACCGAUUCCCAGUCUUCCGAGCUCAUUAAAAAUUCCGUUCGAUUGGCAGAAACCUCUCGCGGAAUUGGAAUCUUUGGCUCCGGAAAAGAUUGAAGAACUACGCGAAUCACUUAAAAGGCAUGUAUUUCGUGCAUGUUACUCAAUCGCCAAACAUCAUCAUUCAGAUCAAAUUCUUCAUCGGAUUGCUGAGCUGCUCCUUUCCAGCGGUGAAGAAGAACAUUACAUUGACGAACUUUUUGGUUUUGUUGCUGCCACUAUGUCUGGACGUUUGGGCCUCUCUGCCGCCUCUCCGACCAUCCCUUCUCUUUCGGUCAAUGUUGACGAGGCUGGUGUCUCGGUACAAGAACAACCUACCGUUGGACUUCAUUUGUCUGCCCUGCUUUUCAGUCGCUGUCAGUCCCUAUGUGCUCGUCUGGCUUGGAAGCAUAAUUUGCCCCAUCUGUUGAUUACAUGGGUGGCUCGGUGCGAACAGUCAAGUGACUGUCCACCAGACACUGCUCAACAGGCUAAUCACGGGCUAGACACAGACUAUUAUAAAACUUUACUCCUGUCCUGUCUCAUUCUGGAUUUGUAUGAGCGCAGCAUACAGGCAAUGCAGUUACGGCAGAUCAGCAGCAAGCUAUACUUGAAUUCACAUACUUGGAACUGGUUCGAUGAUCGUGCCAUGCUGUGGCAUCCUUAUGCAAGUGAAAGUGGACGUAUUAUUGACACCGCCUUUCACAACGGUGAAUUGUCUGCCUACUGUCACAUAAGUCGCAGGCCCUACGCGGUUGAAUUUCCUACCAUGACGCAAAUCAACCUUGAUAGCAUGCAUCGGCGGCCGGUGCUGCUCAUGCCUUCAACCGCAGAGGACACCGACGAGCGAUCCAACAAGGAAUCAGCGUACGAGCGCUCCAUUCUGGAUGCUGAAAUUCCACCCAAGCUGACUGGCAAGCAAAGAAGAACACUAUUCACUGGCUUGGUUCAUCAGUUUGAGCGUGCGACCACACAUUCUGCCAUCAGUCAAACGACAGUACCGCUUUGCGAUACCUCAUGUCCCACUAACGUCCAUGCUUCCUCCGUAUUAUUCCCAUCAGACUGUGUAAACGCGAUGCUUCGUCUCUUACUGCGACUCGCAUAUUCCAGUUUUGACGAUGCCAGAGAAAUGAUUGAUGUCAAUCUACUGUCGGUUCUGCUUAGUUUUCCACAUUCACGUGACUUCACAGCAGAGUACUCUGCGUUCGUCGGCUCCAUAGUUAUACAGAUGUUUGAAGACAGACCUACAGUCAACCGGACAAUGAAAGAGGUGAUCAGAAAGAUGUGCAAGUUCGGACUUCCCAGCAGUUUUAUGGGAGUUCGGAUUAACUCACCUGCGUGCCGUGACUUGUUCUACCUUCUCAGCAUGUGCGCCCCCAUAAUGGCCAAGGAUCGGGAAACAGCGCUCAAAAUUGCCUGUGAUACAAUCAACUUAUCAAUCAGCGAUGCGGAUGUUACCGCAAAAACUGUCCCAAAGGACUACAUUGUGGAGGCACCUCUAGAGUCGGAUGACAAAGAUCAAGACACUUUCCCUCUAUCCGACCGCCAGCAAGCUAUUAUCACCCAGCUGAUUGAAGUGAUUAUGCAACCCUCGAAGACGGCUGACAAUCGAACCAGUCAGUCUGCAAUUGUGGAUACCUCACAGCGGACGCAAUCAUCCACAAGUGAUGGGAUACAAACAUCAGCGUCUACUCUGCUUACUUCCAAUUCAACAGUGUCUGAUGCCACUUGGUCCAGUAAUUUAAAUUUAGCAGGUCUGCCGUCUCAGAACGAAAGUCAGUCGACAGCUACUGUGCAACCAUCUGCAAGUUUACCGCCAAACGCCACCACGGGCUCGUCGUGUCCUACCACAGGUGUCACCGUCCUCGGAAAAGCCGAUGCCAUUCGUUACCUCAUCGAUCUCAUUGCCUCCUAUCGGCCUGUUGCUGAAUUUGUGGCAACAUACAAACACAAACCAUGUGGAACCAAUGGUACUCAAUUCCCAUCGCUGUUGACCUACUUGUUCAGCACCCAGUUGAGCAAUCCGGAAACCACGGACCUAACUACAUACCUGUUAGAAAACCUCGUAUUGGUUGGUUGUGAGUCCACACAAGACAUCAUCAUUGCUGAAUACAAAGCUUCUCUGGGUCGUAUAUCAUCCUCCGUUCCAGUUUCUGGAGAUCAGGGUAUUGCCUAUGAAUCCGUACAAUUUCAUAAGAACGAACGUGUAACAGCACACAUGGCAUUUCUAGAGAGACUCCUCGCUCUACCCUCUCCUUUAGUUGACCGCCUCAUUGGCCUAAUUUAUCGGCGACAUUUGCCUGCUGACAUUGCCAAACUGAUCGCAUUGAUUGAUUGCAACCUACCCAACACCCAGUCGACCCUCAGUACAACUUUACGCACUUUGGAGAGCCUAACUUGGGUUGAUCGUCAAAUUAACAAACUUCUCAACUCCUCCCACGAACGCCAAGCAGAUCAGGCUUUACCGGGCAGUGCAGUUCAAGAAGCACAAGAGGGCCAAGUGGUUGAUGCGUCACAACGUCCUGAACAUCCAACCACUUUGACAGCAAGCACUGAAGGUCAUUCACGACUUGCUGCUGGUGGAGUUCGCGAAGCUCACAUAUCCUCUCACGUGAAUUCUACUCGUCAUGCCCCUGAGGGUGUUGAACGCUCGAGUGGCGUGCACCAAUUCGAUUCGAAUUCCGAAGACGAUGAGGACGAAGAUGAUCACAACGACAACUUGGUCCAUCGCUCGACUUAUCGCGUAGAAAGCGCGGUCGCUAGUGGCCAGACAUCCACUUCCAGUGCUCUAAACAUUGUCUUAGAUAACGUCCUGAUGACUGAUUCUGGGUUAGUGAUAAAUCAGCCAAGGGUAGCCGAAAGAGAUGUGCCGCAACCAUGGCAUACUGGCGAACAAGAUGGAUCCGUAAUUUUUGUUCGCGAUGAUGAAGACGAGGGGAGUGCUGGACAAGGAGGUGAAGAUGAUAAUAGUCAGGACGAAGAUGGCUUGGAUGUUGACGAUGGUGGAGAUGACGAUGAGGAAGUGGAGGACGAAGAUAAUGAUGAAGACGAAGAGGAUGGUGACGAAGAUGAUGACGAGGAUGAUGACGACGACGGUGCUGGUGAAACCGAUGAAGACGUCAUAGCCGAUGAUGGUGAAGUUGCAUUAGUCCUGAGAAGCGGUUCUUCCGGUCGCCAUUUACGUGGCUCUCGUCGCCCCAGAACGGAAACGAUAUCACUUUCAGUGACCACUAGUCGUGCUGGAGGUGAACCGGAACCGACAGCAAGUGCUGGCGAAGCAGUGCGUGCCAACUUCCAACGAGGUGCAGAUGAACUAAAUAUUCAUGGGGACACGCAUGAAGAGGAUGAUGGAAGUUUUGAUGAUGAUGAUGUGGAUACCUUUGGUCGCGAUGACGAGGAUGGAGACGACAUCGAAAUGCCGGGUCCCGAUUCGGAAGGCCCUGUCUUUCUGAGCACAGAUAGUCGUAUGUUGCGCGAGAAUGACUCGGUCGUAGCGGUUGUAGAAGAAGUACUGAAUUUAGUUGACUUACCACAUCAGACAACCUCUACUGUUGUUUCUCGUGGUGCUGGAGGCCGUAGGGACCGAUUCAUUUUCACGCCAUCCGAGUUCGGUGGCUUAAAUAUAAUACCAUCGAGGAACUCCGGAGGUAAUUGGGGUCUCUUCCUACCCCGGUUUGGAGGCGCGAUGAAUGCUGACAAUCAUGUGCGCAAUGCUUCUGCUGGGACCGGCUUACCUCCGAACACCACCAUUUUCCGCUUCGGUAUUGGGAACGGCGGAAAUACCUCCGUUUUCGUAACUGGCAGCAACCAGAGUCGUUUGAACUCUUCUGGUGUCAGCAUAACUUCCCCUGCUAACGCAUCUGCUACUCCCGCAGCCCAGCAAUCAAUAGUCCCUCUGACGCUGCCUAGUCAGCAUCCAAUUCUACAGGUUCCUUCAUUUGCAAUGGCAAAUCAGUCUGGUGCUGUCGGAGCUGGCCCAAACACUAACGUCCGAAUUAAUGGUUCUGUGGUAACCAACGCAGCCCCCACACCAUUCACAAAUAGGGUUACCUCUGUCCUACCGCCCAUUCCGCCGGUAUCCAACACCGUCAGUUCAACACAGUAUGGCUACCGACUCAGGAUUCCUACGGGUGUGCCUCCACCUACCGUUGGUAACGAUAGCCUUCGUAAUCGUGCACCCCCUGCUCGUGCACACACGCCAUUCAUCACUGAAUCUGUAGGCUACCGACCUUACACAACAAAUGUUCCAACAGCGUCCACAUCAGCAGUCACUUCUAGCCUUAUUGCACGCCCUCAGUCUGCCGCUGUAAGUGAAGCUGUUCGAGAUGCCCGUGCUGGUCCUGAGGCUGAUGCUUUAGUGUGGAACGUGCUGAGCAGUGUGGCAGUGGAUCAGCCCCUAGCCGUGAAUUCGGCUCUGGCAAGCGCUGUAUUCCGUACCGAUGAACCUACCGCUACUCGAACCUCGGGUGGUUUAUCUUCCACACAGUUAUCUCCAUAUGCGGGCUAUGCUUUACCCGCAAGCUACCGUCGUUGGGUUACCCUUUCAAGGUUACUCUUCGGUCAUGAGUUGAUGGACCUUGUCCUUAUUAGUCGUUACCAAGUUCACCAGGAAUUAUCUCGCCGAAGACAAGACACUCUAAAACGGCGUAUUCUUGAAGCAGAGCGAUUGGCCAACCAGCAACAAGCCAUUCCAGCUGCAACGCCCAACCAACCGGAGGUAGCCCCGUCGGCCGUAACUUCCACCGCGACUGUCGAAUCCCAACAGCCUGAGGUAUAUGGUGCCCGAGCUCAAAUGGAAACCUCCCAUCUACCAACACCCCCCAUUUCGCACCAACCAUUAGUUGAGCAUACGUUGCAGUAUUCUCAACCGGACGAAGGCACUGCCGCCUCACAAAUGGAUACGGCCCCUGGUAUUUCAGAAGAACCAGUACAAGCUACUACGACUACCUCAACUGGUGGCUCGGGACAACCAACUCAGUCACAGCCCACUCCUCCACCUGUACCGAUGACUGACGAGGAGACUAUUCAGUCCCUCGUUGAGAGUGGUAUGGAUCCGUCGUUUUUGGACGCCCUUCCUGAGGAGAUGCGGCGUGAAGUCAUUGCCGAUCAUCGCCAUGCAAGACAAGUGCAGCAGCAGCUCAGGUCCAUUACAUUGCCGGAACACAUAAAUUCCGAUUGGUUGGCUGGUUUGCCGCCGCACAUACAGGAAGAGGUGUUACUGCAGUUUCGUAACGAACAGCAGCAAAAUGCAGCAGCGGCUGCCUCAGGAGCAAACACGACAACAACUUCUGGUCCUGCGGAAGGUGCUGCCUCAACAGUCGGUGAGUCUGGGUCGAUUGUACGCGUUCCUGAAAGCAACACGGCGUUUCUCGUAUCGCUACCUCCUUCUCUGCGACGUGAAGUGCUGGCCGAUAUGGAAGAAUCGCAGUUAGAGAUGCUACCGCCUGAUUUGGUUGCCGAAGCUCGUCAGUUGCGGAGGGAGAGUGAGGAACGCUUCGCACGCGCCGUGCAAGGUGGAAUGCUGGCACAUUCGUUCACUUCCAGACACGACCGCCUCAUAGGUGGUCCAGGUCGGUGGGAUGUUCGCUUCAGCUCCAUCAACCACUUUCUGCGUCAUUUGAAUUCGCUUGCCGGUCCGUUUCCACCAAACGCAUCCGUCGGGUUGCAUAAUUUGCCUGGUAUCCGAGGCAGACAUUUAGUAGACUAUGAAGGUCUGACUUGCUUGCUUGCACUCUUGGUUGCCAGCUCGUCUUGUGCACAACAGCGUCGUCAGCUAAUACCGACAGUGAAGAAAAAACUUAUCGUGUCACUUCGCAACGCGGAAUUGGAUCGUUGGUACAUUGCUCUGCAUCUUUGGUGGGCUUUCAGAAAAUUGUUCAAAGGAAAAGCCACAGUUGCAAUCGACUCCUUCACUUACCGAAUUGGUUGUACAUUGCUCUGCAUCUUUGGUGGGCUUUCAGAAAAUUGUUCAAAGGAAAAGCCACAGUUGCAAUCGACUCCUUCACUUACCUUAGAACCGCAGUCUUCAAUUUCUGUAGCACAGCGUGAUUCUGAAGUCAAAUCACUUCGGCAAUCGAAACCGAGCGUCAGCAACAACAUAUUUCACACAGGAUUCGAAGCCGCUCUAGGAUGUUGGGUUCGCGUGUUCCAUCCGGUUUCGCAACCAAUUCAGUCUUUUCCCCCUGAAACCGAAGAAGGCCAGUCUAAAGCAAGCCAGGAAUCGGACAUUGGGGAAUCACUUGCGUUCUACUGCGAACCUACAGCUGGUACAUCUGCAACCCCUACGCGUAAUCACAUGAUUCAUCCGCAAGCCGCAGCUGCCGUGUCCAAUGUUUUGCUCGAUACGCUGGGUGAUUUGGCUAAAGCAUUUCCCGCUCACUUCUAUCCACGCUUGUCCGGGGAUCAGAAACCCGGACCGGAGUCGUCAGAGCUACUCGUGACUCCGCACAAGAUCGAUUGGCCUCGUCCACCGUUUUGGGAAAUUUUUGAUCGACUAUCCGAAUCUGCUCCUGUUCUGGGAUCAGUGUCAUCUUCGCCAGCUCACCCGCGAUCCGCUCGUCGCCCUACCCAUGGCAGUGCCAGAAAACGUCAUGGGUCUACUUCUCACAAACAACAGACCAGUGCUGCUCCGCGUCCAACACCAAUGGACGUGUCUUUGCAUGGCUCCAAAACUCAUCUUCAAGAUCAACUACCGGAUACAGGGAUACGUGCUGAAGUUGAUGAGCCCACUGGGCCGUGUCGGAAACGUCUUACUUCUUUAUGGGCCUCUGUGGACUACUUUUCCCAGAUGGCAGACUUACUGUGCCAUCCACUUUUGCAAAAUAGGCCAUCCAACCAAGAACGUGUUCUCACCAUAUUGGCGGGUAUUUUGAAGGAAUUCAUUGUUAACCGUGGACGUAUGGAAGAGCAGUCAGCAACAACCGGUCAAACGGCCGAAACAGUGGCAACACCGUCACAACCAAGCUCCAAAACUCAUCUUCAAGAUCAACUACCGGAUACAGGGAUACGUGCUGAGGUUGAUGAGCCCACUGGGCCGUGUCGGAAACGUCUUACUUCUUUAUGGGCCUCUGUGGACUACUUUUCCCAGAUGGCAGACUUACUGUGCCAUCCACUUUUGCAAAAUAGGCCAUCCAACCAAGAACGUGUUCUCACCAUAUUGGCGGGUAUUUUGAAGGAAUUCAUUGUUAACCGUGGACGUAUGGAAGAGCAGUCAGCAACAACCGGUCAAACGGCCGAAACAGUGGCAACACCGUCACAACCAAGUGAACAACUCGAACAGCCGAUCCCUCCGGAAGCUGUAGUUGGGCAACCUGAAUCCUCAGCUACCGGAGUUCAAGAACCGACAAAGGCCACCAGUACGUCUGUGCCACCAGAUUUCGUUGGUUCCAUUAGACCGGAAGCACUAAAGACGCUGUGUGAAUUUGUCUGCUCGCCGAAGUCCACUGAGUCCGGUCGCAGUAUGGCAGCUCAGCUGAUUACCGACUUGGCACAUACCAAUCGAGACAUGAAGGAGUUGAUGCUGAGUCUACUCGCAGAGUCCCUAAAUGCAUUAACCAGAAAACUGAGCAUCCAAUUGCAGGAGUUUUCGGACGAGUUGACAUCGCAGCUUAAGAGCGAUACGGUCAUUUCAUUGAAACAAAAGGAGCGUACUAUGAAACCAUCCUCAUCCAUUUCUCGACUUGUCUCGAUGGAUGUGCUGCCUGAUCGAUUCAGUAGUUCCGGUCAAACUGUGGUUGUAUCCGGUGGUGAUUCCCGUCCCAACCCGGCCACUGCUUUCUGCGAUCUCCAACUGAAAUCUAUUCAGGCAUUUACCUGUCCGAAUAAUGAACAAUCACGACUUCGUGGAAUUGUUGGUUUGAUGGUUCGCUUGACUGCUGGCGAGUGUUCCUUGAACGCCAACGGGUCGGUCUCCGUUUCCAACCAAGAUCCGUUUGCUUCUAUCACUUCGCUCAGUGAAUUUUGGCCCAAGUUGAGUUCCGUUUUUGAAAAACUCCAAAAGUGCCCUGACAUGAAUGCAGUGCUUCUUUUGCAACCACUGUUAGAAGCGUUCUGUUUGGCUCACUUGCACUUGGUCAAAGACUCGAUUAUGAUCCGUCAGCGCUCCGCCACGUCGCGUGCUAAUCGACCGACAAUCACAGUGACCGCCCCCGGUGCACACAGUCUAGUCGAUAUGAUUCCGAUGCUUCAAGUCCGGGUCGAUUCCUCUACACCUGCUCCAGAACGUGACGAGGUUCGCGAACCUUCGAUAAACGAAAACACCACACAUCUGCAGUUGGAUGUGAUGGGUCCAAUGUCACCACCAACCUUGAGCACUGAAGAUGAGAAAGCAUUUAGUGAUGAUGCAGCCCGAUGUCGCCGCAGCUCUUCAAAUUCAGCAACCGCGAAUGCAGUCUUGCAGUUUGCUGAGCAACAUCGGAUUGGACUGAAUCAAGUUCUACGUCAACAUGGUGGGAGUUUAGGGGAGUCGCCCUUUGCUGUAUUUUUGGCCUAUCCACGUGUUCUCGAUUUUGACAUUAAACGGCGAUUUUUCCGGCAACAGCUUCAAGCCCUAUCCCACCGCUCACCACUCUCCAACCGUUACGAUGAUGAGCCAAUUUUGAUCUCCCGUGAUCGCCUUUUUGAGGACAGUUAUGCGCGCCUGCACCGCAAGUCGCCUGCUGAGUGGAAGCACAAGUUUGUGAUCCGAUUUCACAACGAAGAGGGUCAAGAUGCUGGUGGCCCAUUGCGUGAGUGGUACUUGUUGAUGAGCCGUGAAAUCUUCAAUCCCAAUUAUUGUCUGUUCCGCACGUCACCUGCCGAUCGUGUCACGUACACCAUCAACCCGAGCUCAUACAUCAACAGUAACCACCUUUCAUACUUCAAGUUCGUCGGCCGAUUUAUCGCCAAGGCGAUUUACGACAGCAAACUGCUCGAGUGCUACUUCUCACGAGCAUUCUAUAAACAUAUACUUGGUGUUCCAGUCAAGUGCUCUGAUUUGGAAAGUGAGGACUACGACUUUUACAAAGGUUUGGAGUUUCUUCUGAAGAAUCAUGUUUCCGACUUGGGCUACGAGCUUACUUUCAGCACAGAGAUCAACGAGUUUGGUAAGACUGAAACUCGAGACCUCAUAGAAAAUGGUCGGAAUGUUCCCGUAACGGAACAAAACAAGAAGGAAUACGUUCGUCUUGUAUGUCAGGAAAGGAUGACCGGGGCUAUCAGACAGCAGUUGGACGCGUUCCUCGCCGGCUUCUAUGAAAUUAUCCCGAAGCGAAUGAUCAGUAUAUUUAAUGAACAAGAACUAGAACUGCUUAUAAGUGGGUUACCAAACAUCGAUAUAGGUGACUUGAAAGCUAACACGACCUAUUCAAAAUACCAUCCAAACUCGCCACAGAUCGAGUGGUUCUGGUGUGCACUGGAAUCGUUCGACCAAGAGGACCGUGCUCGCUUUCUCCAGUUUGUCACCGGAACCAGCAAAGUUCCCCUGGGUGGUUUUGCGAAUUUGGAAGGAAUGCAUGGACCGACCAAAUUCCAGAUCAGUCGAGCGAGCGUGUCUAGCACAAAUCAUCUGCCAUGUGCUCACACGUGCUUCAAUACUUUGGUCUUACCGGCCUACGAAACCUAUGAGCAACUUCGCGCUCGACUACUGACGGCAAUUCGGGAAUGCAGCGAAGGCUACGGAAUGGCUUGAUUGGCUGUUCUCUCACCCGACUCUUUGUCUGUGAUGAAAUCCUCGCCCAUUCUCCAUUUUCUCCAAUUAUCCGCCCACGUUUCGCUGUCAAUUUACCGCUUUCCCCGGACUAUUUACCCUUUGAAGACUAUGCACUUAAUCGUCUUCAUGGAAUCGCGUUUUUUUAGAAAAAUUCAUCUGGGCUAUUUUUCCCUCCUGCCCAGGGAGCACCAAGAAGUGAAUGGACUGACAAAUUAGAUCCCAAAAUGUCAGAUCAUUUCAGCGCUCCUGUAUAUGCCUCACUCUCGUUCUGUCGCAGUCCCGUUUUUCCAUGUUUGUUGCUCAUCUCGUGAAAUAUGACUCACUCCAUGCAUUCUCGUAUUGUUCUCACACUCCGAGUCCCGUCCAUCCUCUUCAGAACGACGGAACUUCAUUGAAUUUUUCGUCCAUUUGAUUGUUGUGUGGAUACCUUAGCGAAAUACCGAAUCAGCUCUCUCCCUCAUAAAUCUGGGGGCCGGUUCAUUACCCCACUGUUUCACCAUGUUUUUGAACUUGAAAGCUUUGAUGCCG